UUACAACAAAUUUAUUUUAUAUAUUUUCCCCCCCCCCCCCUGCAGUAAGGUGCAAAAAUGACGAACACAAGAGGAAAAAGGCGAGGAACCCGGUAUAUGUUCUCCAGACCCUUCCGUAAACAUGGCGUUGUCCCUUUGUCAACAUACAUGCGCAUCUACAAGAAGGGCGAUAUUGUGGACAUUAAGGGUAUGGGCACCAUUCAAAAAGGCAUGCCGCAUAAGUGUUACCAUGGCAAGACUGGCCGGAUCUACAAUGUUACACAGCAUGCUGUGGGUAUCAUUGUGAACAAGCAGAUCAAGGGUAAGAUCCUUGCCAAGAGAAUCAAUGUCCGUGUGGAGCACAUUCGCCACUCCAAGAGCAGAGACAGCUUCCUGCAGCGUGUUAAGGAGAACGAAAGGAAGAAAAAGGAAGCAAAGGAGAAUGGCACUUGGAUCGAACUGAAGCGUCAGCCAGCCACACCAAGCGAAGCUCACUUUGUGCGCACUUAUGGAAAGGAACCUGAGCUCCUUGAGCCAAUUCCCUAUGAGUUUAUGGCAUGAAGUCACCAUUAAAUCCUUGUUCUUUUUGGAA